AACGACCAACUUCCGGCCAGGCCGUUGUCUUGGUGGCGCGGCCGAGUCAUCGCCGGGUUUUGCCGCUCGGUUCUCCCGUUUGUCCUCCCCCCGCCCGGGCGCGGGGGGUCGACUAGCCGCGCGAGGCGGGAGGUGACUUGGACCUUCUUCCACUCUUUCAUUGCAGCCAGCGCCCUGGCCACCCGCGCCGGAGCCUGGGGUCCUGGGGACCCGCGAGGUCCGGUGUGAGGGGCCGGGCCUACGCGGGCCCGCCGCGGGGCCCCAUGAGGCAUAGCCUGACCCAGCUGCUGGCAGCCUCGGGCCGCGACUCCCCAGCCCGUAGCGACAGCCCGGCGCCGGCCGCGACCUGCUCGCUGCCCCGAGACCUACCCCGGGCGGCCGCGGGGGAGGAGACGGCGGCGGCCGCCUCGCCUGGCCGCCAGCAGCCGCUCGGCGACGAGGGCAAAGGGGAGGCGGGGAGAGGGAGCGGCGGCGGCGGCGGCGGCGGCGGCGGCGUGGCCGCGCGCGCGCCCUCGCCCGAAGAGAUGGAGGAGGAGGCGAUGGGCAGCGUCCGCGGGGAGGAGGCGGAGGACAUGGACUUUCUGUCCGGGCUGGAACUGGCGGAUCUGCUGGACCCCCGGCAGCCGGACUGGCACCUGGAUCCCGGGCACAGCUCGCCCGGGCCUCUCUCCUCGUCGGGCGGAGGCUCGGAGAGUGGCGGCCUGUGGCGAGGGGACGACGACGACGAGGCCGCGGCUGCUGAGAUGCAGCGCUUUUCCGACCUGCUGCAGAGGUUGCUCAACGGGAUCGGAGGCUGCAGCGGCAGCAGUGACAGUGGCGGCGGGGAAAAGAGGCGGAGAAAGUCCCCCGGAGGAGGAGGGGGAGGGGGAGGCGGCGGUGGAGGCAGCGGCGACAGCAGCCAGGCGGCGACCAAGAGUCCCCGGAAGGCGGCGGCGGCCGCGGCCCGGCUGAACCGGCUGAAGAAGAAGGAGUACGUGAUGGGGCUGGAGAGUCGCGUGCGGGGUCUGGCAGCCGAGAACCAGGAGCUGCGGGCCGAGAACCGGGAGCUGGGCAAACGCGUGCAAGCGCUGCAGGAGGAGAGUCGCUACCUGCGGGCCGUCCUGGCCAACGAGACUGGGCUGGCCCGCCUGCUGAGCCGGCUGAGCGGCGUGGGACUGCGGCUCACCACCUCGCUCUUCAGGGACGCGCCCGCCGGGGACCACGACUACGCCCUGCCCGUGGGGAAGCAGCCGCCGGAGCCGCGGGAAGAGGACGACGCGGCCGGAGGAGUGUGUCUGCAUGUGGACAAGGAUAAGGUGUCGGUGGAGUUCUGCUCGGCGUGCGCUCGGAAGGCGUCGUCGUCUCUUAAAAUGUAGGGUCAAGUAAUCUGCUCUUUACCCGCGUUUACCCCUUUCAACUCCCUUACACCAUGUCAAACACCUUAGUGGGACAUCUUCACUGGACACAUUUCAGAGGAGGAAAAAAAAAAGUAAUAUUGAAUCUUUUAAAGUGUUUAGCUAAAAGCAUGAAUGUGAAACUGUAACCCACUCCUAAUGAUAACCUGUGACUAUUAAAUCUCUCUGACAGUUUCUUUUUUAGGUGAUUUCCUUCCUGCCAGGCUCCGUUGUAGGGGUUACAGAACAGUCGUUCCCGCCUCACAACCUGUGGAUACAGCUGUUGGGGCAGAAGAGACGGGACCAGCUGCUGGCCACAUUUCCUGCUUUAUUUUAAAAGGUAGUAUAAGAAAUGAGGAAAAAGAGGUAAUAUCAGGGCUUCUGCUGUCUUUUAUUUUUAAAAUGUUCAUAAUUAAAUAUUUUCCAGCAAUCCAAAGAUGUAAGUUAUCUUACACAUAAGAUGUUUUAUUUUGUUGUUACUUGAUUAUGGAAAUGGAAUCCUUGUUCUUGCACAACUGUAAAUGUUUUGUUGCUAGAUAAUAUGAUUUGAGACCUAAAUUGGCCUCUGGUUUUCAGUGCAUCACAGCAUAUUUUGUAAAAUCAUCUAUUGCACUUGAGCAUGAAUGGGUAGUAGCCAAACUCACAACCUGGAGUGAUGAACCUGCUUAUACCUAAGGGCAGGAGCAAGCCCCUCACAAUGCAGCUGCAUGGAUUUUUAGUGCCUACUGAAUUACAUAUAAAUAUAUAUAUAUAGAAACCAAAAGUAGUUGGAAAAAAUUAUUUGAAAUGACUAAUUUGUGCUAUCUUUAUGAAAUAUGUUAAAUGUAGCUUUUCGAAACAGAAGCCUUGAAUUGAAAUUUAACUAAUACUUGAACAUUUUUUGUAUAUAUUUCUUUGUAUAUAAUUUUGUGCAGUACCAAUGCUAAAAAUAUGGUGUCAUAAUAAAACCAGGUUUGUUGAUCUUUCAGUUAUGGGCUCAAGGAAUUUAUUCAUCUCUCACAUGACAUUGGAAAAUAAUGGACGAAAAUAGGAAAAAUGAUUGUUGUUAAUGCUGACUAUGGGUCUUAAUCAAAAGGUUCUGGAAGCAGUAAGUUUGUUUUUCUAAAAAUUAUACCACUCCCUUGGAAUAUUUUCUUCUAACAUCAAUGCUUUUCCUGCAUUGUUUGAAGUUUGGGGCUGGGGAGAAACAGUAGACAAAGCUUUCUGAUUUGGGAUGUUUUGAAAUUCCAAGUAUAGAUUUUUAGAAUGUCAUUUUAUAAAUGGCAGUUUGGGGAAUUAUGUGAUUAAGAACUUUUUGAAAAUGGAAAGAUUAGUAUGGCCUAUUUUUAAAGCUGCUUUGUUAGGUUCCUAUGUUUUAUUAACUGUCUUUUCUUAGUUUCCAUUUCAUUAUUUCUUUUCUAGUUUUGGUGAUUUAGUAAUUUUUGUCAUUUUUUACAUCAACUCAUGGUCUUGUUUUUACAUGGUAAUUGCAUGUACUUAGGAUCUAACAGAGGCUUUAAAUAAAUUUGAUCAUAUUUAUGUGUGAGCACAUUUUACUGUAAAUGUUUGGGUUUCUGAAUUUACAACAGAUGUUUAAUUCAGUAUGUAGUAAACAGUAUCUUAAAGUGUCCUAUUCACUACUUGUUAAUUAAAAAGUUAUGAUUAAUAUAAAACUGUUGUCUUACUAUUUUUAGAAAAUUGUGUUGUGAGUGGUUAGUAUUUGGGUAAAGGAGAUUUCUGGAAUAUAAAUAGAUUGUUUUGAAGUUUUCAGGUUUGGUUCUAUUUGCUGUAAUGGUUGAAAACAAUUUAGUAUUUGGGGGACCCUUUUGGCUUCUCCCCCUCCCCCAACUGUUCCUCUAUGGUAAAAUGAUACAGAACUAAAGAUACAGCUUUUUAAUACUUUCUUUCCUUUGGUGGCAGGAAUUCAUACAUUAGUUGAACUAACACAUCAUAUUCUUCUAUUUCUAUCAUUGACUUGUUUCUGCACUUCCUUGACCAAACUUAACUAAAAAGUACACAUUUGUUAAAAUGUAGUCACACUUCUGCUAUAUCCAACAAAGUGUUCAAAAUAUUUUAAAUAUUUGUGAAUUUUAUAAUCACUAAAUUAAUCUCUCUCUCUUCUCUUUAAACAGCUUAGCAGUAUCUGCAAAAACGAAUCUUUUCCUACAACCUGUUAACUGACUGGACUGAUGGUAACAAAGUAAUUGUGGGAGCCAUGUCGGUCAAAAAUUUGGCAUCUGCUGAAAAAAAAAAAAAAAGAAUGCCAUUUUCAAGUUCCCAAAUUACUUCUAUACUGGUUUCACUUUCCAGAAAUGGAGAUAUGAAAAGAUUCUCUGGAAUGCUUGAAAGACUUAAUAGAAAUACAUGAGACACCAUUUAUACUUUUUUUUUUGUCUUUCAUGGGAGUGAUACUCAGUUCUUUGCAUACCUUUCAAAAAUUGUAACCAUUGGAGAAGAGAAGUAUAAAGUAUAGUAUUUCAUCAAGAAAUAUUAGAUUCUUUACACAAUCAAGAGCACAUUCUAUGGAAUUACAUUUAGUGAACGAGAAUUACAUAAACAGGCUACCAGUUAUCACAAAGCAUAUCAUGAGUUUGUGUUUAUUUUCUGGAAUGUAAGAGCUAAUUUGGAGAACAGACAUCUUGCUGCAUAGACUAUAAAAGUUAAUGUAAAGUCCUUAACUAUAAAGAGUAGUCUUUUUAAAUAGAUGAAUUGAUUUGUCUGUGUAUCUUUGAAAAAAUGAUAAAAUGUAUGGGUAGUUGAUUGCAAUUUAGGGUAACACUAGGAUGUAUGGAUUCUGAGGUUUUGGUUCCUUGAGCUUUCUUUUGAGUACUUGACACUAUUUAAAAAAUAUUUUGAGGUUUCUAAUGGUAUAUUAGUUUCUACUGUUUUAUAUUAAAAUUUCUCUAGUGUUAUGUAAGGGCCUUGGUAUGCUGGAUGAUGCGACUGGCUUAUUUCGUGGUUUUACUUAAUUGAAAUAUUUUUCUGGCUUAUUACAAGUAUGAAAAAAACAUUGGAAACAUUGGAUUGUUUUAUUUCGGUUUUGUGGAUUAUGUCAACAUAUUCUUUCACUUGGUCUAGAUUGAGUCAUUUUUAUCUUACUGACUCACUUGGGAAGUAAGCAGAUGAUAGAGGAAGAAGAGGGUAAGUGAUAGGUUCUUAUUUCACAGUAACUAUAUAGUUGGCUUUUGGAUGAUAUUCAAAAUUUGCUAAGCCCACUCCGUUUCUUGUUGUCUGAAUCUUAUUCGGGGCCUGUAAAGCCAGGCAGUAAAGAGCAUUCCCACUUCAGUAACUGAUGCUCCUACAGUACAGCUGGUUCCACAACCAAAGAUUUAGGCACUAAUACUUUUGGUGAUCAUAAAUGCAUACUACUUUGAUGGAAUAGAGUAUUAUAGUCAAACUUUUAAACUAAUCCAAUGAAAUUGAACAGGUAAUGAUAUUUGCAAGUAUUUCCCCCUCCACCCUACUCACUAUCAGUACAAAGUUUUAAGA